CAGCUACACUAUCUUAUUUCAGAUAACACUUCGAGCGUCCAUUUGGAAGUUCUCUUUCAGCUUGGGCAAGGAAAUUUUCCUGGGUAGCUGGCUGGAGCCUUAUCAUUGGCAAGAGAGAAGUGGUUCAUAUCAAGGCGUGCCUGUCCGUGGAGGACGGAAUCAACAACUUACUCUCCAUGCGUGUGCGUGGGAGGAAGGACGAGGGCGAAGAAGGCCUUGAGAACGGACCAGGUUGGAGGCCCUUCUUUUCUUAGCUAUUUCAACUGAGAAAAGGCCAUGGAGUGGUGAGCGGGUGGCACAUCAAACAUAUGGGAUAAUCAAGAUCCGUUCAAGACAUCUGAUUUGUGAAGCUGAUAAGAUCCCAGAUCGAAUAUUUGGGGCCCAAAACUCCAGACAACCUUCCCCAACCACUGCCAUUCACAAUGAGGCGUGUCAUCUGAGGGUUGGAGCUACAGGUUGUCGAGAUAAAACAACCAUAUUGGGAGGCUCACAAUGGCCACUUCGACCAAUGGCUCUUCUAAAGGUGAACCUAAUUGGAGUCGAUUUGGUUUGGAGGGUGAGAAGCAGCCUUUGAAUCCAGGAGGCAUGCCACCAUCGAGUGGUGCGACUGGUUCCAAUCUCCUGGCCAGUCAAGUGCCGCACGACAAUGAGUUGUUCGCCAAUGAUCUGGGAUCCAAGGCUCCUCCUUGGUGGUUGUCACACUUCUUGGUGUCCGAGCGGGUUUUAUUUGGCACCUGGGAUGGUGUUUUCACUUCCUGCCUCAUCAACAUAUUUGGUGUCAUCAUCUUCCUCCGCUCAGGUUGGAUUGUGGCCGAAGCGGGAAUUGGCAAUGCAGCCUUGAUUGUCCUUUGCGCGGUGGCCUUGAUCCUGAUGGCAGUGAUGGCUGCCAUUGGAAUCUGUGAGCGAUGCCAUGUUCAAUCUGGUGGGGUUUAUUUCCUGAUUGCUCAUGUUUUGGGAUCAAGACGUGGAGCGGCCGUUGGCAUCAUAUAUGUUCUUGGACAGGCAAUAGGCAACGCCCUUUGUGCGACUGGAUUUGGCGAAUCCAUUGCCGGGGUCAUAUCGGAGACGCAUUCACCUUUGAUUGAGCGUUUCAUCGCCGCUCUGGUCAUCAUUGUCCUGACUUUAAUCAACUUGGCGGGAGUGAAAUGGGUCAUUCGACUCCAGUUUGCUCUAUUGGUCAUUUUGUUGUUGGGAGCUGGAGACUUCGCCAUUGGCUCGAUUACUCACCAAAGCCCUAAUCAAGGCUUUGUUGGCUGGAACACCUCGGUUUGGUUGGGAAAUAGCAAAGCCAACUACACGGAACAUCACAAUUGGUUCAGUGUGUUUGGCGUCUUCUUCCCCGCAUUAACGGGCGUAAUGGCUGGAAUUAAUAUGAGUGGCGACCUCCGAAACCCAUCUCAGGAUAUUGCAAUUGGAACACUUUCAGCGGUGGCUUCUUGCUCGUUCCUGUACUUGAUGUUCAUGCUGGUGUUGGCUGGGACUUGCGAUCGAACGGCUCUCUUGACGGACUUCAUGAUUGCGGAAAAAGUCUCUGCUCUAGGGUUCCUCCUACUCUCUGCACUCUACGUAUCCUCGGUGUCAAGCUGUUUGGCGACCCUGUACGGAACUCCGCGGGUACUGCAAUCAAUUGCGGCAGAAAACGUUCUCCCGGCCUUUUCCUUCUUAGCUGAAGGGAAAGGUCCGAACAAGGUUCCAAUCAAUGCUCUGGCACUCAUAUCAGCCUUCACGUUGUUCUUCAUCGGUAUUGGAGACAUGAAUCGUUUGGCAACCUUGGCUACGAUGCCCUUUCUUAUCACGUACGGCAUGAUUGAAUACUCCUAUUUCGCCCUAAGUAUGCAGUUUGACCUGAAUCAGCAUCGGCUACAGAAAUACCAUGCCAAUGGAAUUGGUUCACCGACUUUUGAUGCCACUAAGAAGCAAAUCACCAAUGGACGGAAAGCCAGUGUGGGUGGAUCAAGUGUGGCUUCCAAUGACACGGCAUCCAGUGUGGAUUCGCACGGGGAUCCCAAGGGAAGGAACGAGGAAUUCGAAGAACUGCUACAGAAAUACAACGUGGACGAAAUUGAUGCCAAACCACGAAACUUCUACUCACCAUUUUGCAAUCGUUGGAUCAGUUUGGCGGGGUGUGUCAUCAAAUUAAUUUUGAUGUUCCUGAUCAAUUGGACAUACUCCGUACUCUCGAUCCUCUUGUGCAUUGGGAUCUGGUUUUACAUUGGACACACUGUAUCUGGACCAGAAUCGGGCAUUGCAGCGGAAUUCUCCAUUGUGGAAUUCGUCAAAGGACUUUUCGCCAAGCUUACUGGAGCCUCGGUGAGUGUGACCCCAAAUGAUCAACGACUCGUCAUCAAUCCAAUCCAACCGAAGGUGGAAACACGUUCGUCACAUUUGAACGAGGUCAAUACAGACUUUGCUGAUCGGUCUCAAUUCCAUCAGACACAUACCGUUCAAGGGUCACAUUUCAACGACUAAAGGCUUCAGUCCUUCAUUGAAUUGGUUCGUUUAUCUUAACUAAGACCUCCCUCAAAUAUCCAGGCCACGGCAACAAAAUCUAUCAAGUUAUUCUCAUUCAAUGUUACUCUUAAAUACAUGGGUUGUGAGCAUG